CAAACACCACCAGCAUAACAUAAUCACAAAUAUUAAUACAUGAUGGCUCAUCACCAAUUCACAGAAGAUUUUCAAAGCAUGAUCAUGAAACCUUUCUUGGAUAUUGAUCCAAGCAUGGAUCUCAUCAACCAGUUCAUAGGUUUGAACACAACAACAACAACAACAACACAUAUGAACAUGUGUGACAACUUGUUUGGAUCUCAUCAUCAUCAUCAUCAUCAUCAAGAUGAUUUUCCAGGAAACUUGGAAGAAAGUUUCCAUCAAAAUCAUCAUCAUCAUGUCAACAACAACAAUGCAUCAUCAGUAGUAGUCCCAGUAAUUUCUUCUUCCCUUCUCAAUUAUUAUCCAUCAGAAAAUGAAGAAAUCCAUGAAGGUAAAAAGAGAAAAGCAACUACUUCAGGAAACUCAACUCCUGCAGCUUCUCAUCAUAGUGAAAGCAAGAUUAUUAAAAAUAAUGGUUGUGGUGGAAAAGGUAAGAGAGUGAAGAGCAAUAAAACAGAAGAAGAAGAGGAGAAGAAACAAAAGGAAGUGGUUCAUGUCAGAGCAAGAAGAGGUCAAGCCACUGAUAGUCACAGCAUAGCUGAAAGGGUUAGAAGAGGAAAAAUCAAUGAAAAAUUAAGGUGCCUGCAAAACAUUGUUCCAGGAUGUUACAAGACCAUGGGCAUGGCGGUUAUGUUGGAUGAAAUCAUAAACUAUGUUCAAUCCUUGCAACAUCAAGUAGAGUUCCUUUCUUUGAAGCUCACAGCAGCAAGUACCUUUUAUGACUUCAAUUCAGAGACAGAUGCUUUGGAAACAAUGCAGAGAGCGAGGGCAUCCGAGGCAAAAGAGUUAGGCAAGUAUGGGAAAGAAGGGCAUGGAGGAGUUUCUUGCUAUCAACCAAAUUGGCCUCUUGUUUGACUUUAAUUAAUUACUUUUGGAUUUUUAUUUUUUUAACUCACAAAACCAUAUAAUAUAUACAAAGACAUGAAGACACUUCAUUUUCAAUUCUCUUAGCUUGUUACUCAACAAGUAGUUGAUGUCAAUUUGUUUCCACUCUAAGCUACAAGCACAAGUGGACAAUAUAUUCUUGCUUUGUAAAAUCCCUCU